GACAGACACAGCAGAAACCAGCGAUGCGGGAGGAGGGACAGACACGGCACUGACAGGGGAUGGGGGAGGAGGGACAGACACAGCAGAAACCAGCGAUGCGGGAGGAGGGACAGACACGGCACUAACCAGUGAUGCAGGAGGAGGGACAGACACGGCACUGACAGGAUGCAGGAGGAGGGACAGACACGGCACUAACCAGCGAUGCAGGAGGAGGGACAGACACGGCACCGCCCCGGCCCGGCCGCACUACAGCUCCCGGGGAGCCCCGCGCGGCUGCGACAGCGCCGUGACAUCGGCGCGACAGCCCCGCGACAGCCCCGCGACAGCCAGUGACAGCCCCGCGACAUCGCGGUGACAGCAGCACAGCGGGGACGCGCCGGGCCCCGGCCCCUGGCACCGGCACCAUGCAGAUGACCUUCUACUUCUCGGACACAGUAGUGCUGCUCUUUGACUUCUGGAAUGUCCACAGCCCCACAGGGAUGGUGCUCUCAGUGCUGGUGAUCCUGCUGCUGUCCGUGCUCUACGAGGCCGUGAAGAUGGGCAAGGCCGUGCUGCUGCAGCGGGCGCUGCUGGCCCUGCCCCGCAGCCUCAGCCAGGAGGGGCUGAGCGAGCCCCAGGAGGAGGAGGAGGACAGCAGGGACAGCAGGGACAGCAGGGACAGCGGCCCUGCGCAGGGCAGGUGGUUCUGGCUCCACGUGGCCCAGACGCUGUUCCACGUGCUGCAGGUGGUGCUGGGCUACAUGGUGAUGCUGGCUGUCAUGUCCUACAACGGCUGGAUCUUCCUGGGGGCCAUUGCUGGCUCCACGCUGGGCUAUUUCCUGGUGUACCCCCUGCUGGGCCGGGGCUAGGGCCCCCCCGGUGCCACCCGUGUCCCACCUCCUGCUCUUUGUCUGCAGUAGCUGCUGUCACUUCUGCUGGGGCUGCCUCUGUCCCCAUGCUGGGUGGGACACAGAACCCCAAGGACUUGCCCUCUGGGCUGGCCCCAUGGCCAGCACUUGCCACUGGCCUGGGCUGGUGGCUGUCCCCCGGCUCUCAGGGACCUUUUUGGGGGGUGACAGCAGGGGGUGCUGGCAUUUCCUCCCCUCCCUGCUUCUCGAGGAGGUUCAUCCUGGCUGGGACAGGAAGGACCUGGUGACUUGCUGGGGACAGGGAGCCCUGCCCUGACCCAGCCCCUCUUCACACAGUGCCUUUGGGGACAUGGGGGGCCCUGCCACCCCCACCCUGCCCUGCACGUCAGGGAUGGGGCUGGAGCAGCCCCUGAGCCGCUGGUGUGGCUGUGCCAGGGGGGAAAUGCUGCCUCAGGUGCCUCUUGCUGCUUCCUCAGGACACUCCUUUUAAUAAAAUCAUCUCAGCUCCA